GCGACGCCUCACUUCAGUUGGUAUCGCGCGCUUGUUGGAGAAAGGUGUUCUCGUACAACCCUCGGUCGUGGAAACUGCUCGCGCAUGUGAGCUUCCGCUUCUUUUCUGUUGUUGUUGUAACUACCCCUCUGGAAUAACCCUCCUGAAGUUGGUAUGGAAUAACUUACCCCUCUUCUUAUCGAGGAAGAUAUUGGGUGAAUCAUUACGUGCCUUUUUCGUGGGUUUGAACGAAGAUUUGAAGCACUUUCAGUGAAGAAACCUCAAGUCGAAGGUAUAUUAUCACCUCUUACGAGGUGUACCGAGAGUGGUCUAAGUGUUCUAGAUCGUAGAGAUGUGUUAAUUGGAAGAGUGUACAAAGUGCCGUUCGAGAUGGAGUGAGACUCGUUGCGAAGUAGUCACGCAAGCAAUUCUUCCUGCGUAAUACCUCGGGGCGCAUAAUCCCAGCGAUGACCUCCAAAGUGCUACCGUUUCUGUUCAGCCUGCUGGUGUCGGUCCUACCGCUCUCCGUAGUGCCCUGCCCGGGGGUCUCCACCAACGAGGUCCACCUGGACUGCGACGAGGCGGCCAAAGCCAACCAUCGGGAGUCCCUGAAAACGACAACCCCCCUGACGGAGUACUUCAAGGAGCACGAGGUCAGCGAGUCCGAAUCGCGAGCGGCGCUGGACGCGCUCGAUCUGGACCAGAUCGCGCGAGUUCCUGCCUGGUGUGACGAGUGUAGCGCCGAGAAGAUUCACUUUUGCCACUCGGCGGCGUUCAUCAACGAUCACUGCUGCUGCGAGCAUCGGCAUGCUAGGGACAAACUCCCGUGGAUCCCCCACACGUGCUAUCUGGGCAAGGAACGAUGCCAGCCGCACACCAGUUCCUGCAGCAAGUAUCGCGAGAUUCGGGAGUGCUGUUGCGAUCGAUUGCUGAUUGCCGAGUAUAAAAUGAAGUUCUCAGCGGGAACGCGUCCCUUCGGUGGCCUGGCCGCGACGAUGGCCAGCUGGAUCGUGUCCACCGCGAUCUUGACGACGAAUACGGCAAUCCGUUUCGGCUGGGACAGCUAGCAAUCUAAAUAGUCAGCAGCAGUUACAGCAGCAUUAACACCAAAGGUCGAGCAUAACUUAAGAAAAAAUAUGCUACUUAAUGCUACCAUCGUUGGCAGUGUCAUACUAUUUUUUAAGUUUAUUUUUUUUAACUGUACUGUAGAAUGUUGGUUUUAAAAACUGAAUCUUACGUUGGAUCCCAAAGUUAAUAUUGCUCCUCAUUUACGCUUUUUGGUUAUAAUUUGUAGCAUUAUGUUUAGCUUAAUUGUACUUAAAACAUCAGUGAGAAACCUAAACAGUAGAAACUAAGCAAAUAAUUGAUAUGUAUAUUUUGGAGAACCGUGUUUGCAAUGAAAAUAAAGUGUCUUAAAGGAA